CGUUUGAGGUGUGGCAGCCAUUGCACCGCUUUGCCUGGGUGAUUCGCAGGCUUCCUCCAGCCAGGUUACGAUCCUUAUGCCGUGGGCGAAACAGUCUCCAUCGUCGUGGUGGUCGUCCAAGACGACGACGUCCGGUAGCGGCCCGCGGCAGCAUGCUGACCUCGUCAUUUUCAUUGGGUGUAAGUACACCACCCGUACACAAGCUCAUAUGCAGUCAUACAUUUUUGGGAUCCAAUGGUAGUAUGGUAUGUCAUGAGUCUCUUGGCUCUAUGGGCCAACAAGUUCCUCGUGUCGACAAUUGCUAUCGACACGAGCCUCUUGUCCAUGAUGCAGCUCGUCAUGUCUGUGGCCUGUGGCGCGUUGGUCGAAGUUCGCGCGGUCGGCGCGGCCAAGUUUGCGGUCGACUUGCGCGGUGCUUUUAUGUGGACUACUUCAUUCCCACCACACAAUGCACCUUCGAAAGCAGCGCAUGCAUACACGGCAUCCCCACCACCCAUCCCAUGUCGCAUCACGGACAUGGUCACUCUUGGCGGUGUGCGCAUCCUCAACCUCGUGUGUGACUUGGUGGCUCUCAAGUAUAUCUCCGUCUCUCUCUCUCAAACCAUCAAAUCGUCCGCGCCUUUCUUCACCGUCGUGCUAUCGUACAUUGUGCUGGGCACGCCCACAACCUGGCGGGUCAGUGGGACGCUGGUGCCGAUUGUGUUGGGCCUGGCGUGGUGCUGCUGCUGCAAUGUCUCCACGAGCCUGGGAGGACCUGCUUUUUCCUUCUUGUCCUGCCUCGGGCUACUGGCAGCUCUGAGUGCCAACUGCACCGAUUGCUUUCAAAAUGUGUUGUCCAAGAAAUUACUCACAUCCUCUAGCCACGCCUUCUCAGUCACGCAACUACAGCUGUACUCGAGCCUUGUCGCGAUGGGUCUCCAAGCUAUCUAUGUCGUGGUUGAUCAGGCAACUUCAUCUAGACGGGUUAGCCCGGACGGCGGCCAGCUGUUUGUGGCACUGUGCCUCAUGUUGAAUGGCAUGGCGUACUAUGUGCAGAGUGCACUGGCAUAUCGCGUCAUGAGUCUGCUCUCGCCCGUGUCGCACAGCGUCGUCAGCACUUUGAAGCGCGCGCUCCUGAUCGUGCUGUCCAUCUACCGAUAUGGCGAACCCGCGACGCUUGGCAACUACGUGGGCAUGAUGUUCGUCUUGGGCGGGGUAUAUCUGUUCCACCGUGCCUCCAGACACAGGUCAAAGGUCGAUCAUGUCGCGGCCAAGAUGGGCCAAGAUGAUGACGCCAACGACCUCGUGGCACUGCCAACCACCGCCGCCAGUCGCCACCUGCAUGUGAUCGCGAUCGUCUAGUAAAAACUGAAUAUGGAAUACAAUAUGAUACUACUUCUACUACGCA